UUAGUGACAAUUAAUUAAGAUUUAAUUAUAAUAAAAAAGAUUGUCUACAAUUGUAAUUAUCUACAAGUUUUGAAUUUUAUUGUGCAAUAAGCCUUAAAAAAUUUGCCAAAUGUGGCAGCCCUAUCCAAGGAAACUUCCACAAUCCCACCCCACCGCCUCUUUUCCUCUGGGUACAUAUGCCGCUCUUCUCUUCAUUUUUACUCGCUCUCCUAAAGUCCUUAAACCCUUCCAAGGCUUUCUCCAAACUCCAUUUCCACCGAUACCUUCUCCAUAUUCCCUGAUCCACUGAAAAUCCAAGAUAUUUUUAAAAGCUUUCGCAUACUUCCCUUAGCUAAAGAUGUGUGGUGGAGCUAUUAUAGAUGGCUUAAUCCCUCGCAACCGUGGCCGCUACAUCGCCGCUUCUGUCAUUUGGCCAAACUCAUCCUUCUCUAAACUCAGCCCCUUCGAGUCCUAUCCGAACUCAUUCGGCAACCACGAAUCAUUCACUCACAAAAGAUCCCAACCCGCUUCAGAUGAUGAUCGUGUGGAUAAGAUCCCUGCCAAGAGGCAGAGGAAGAACUUGUAUAGAGGUAUCAGGCAACGCCCCUGGGGCAAAUGGGCCGCUGAGAUUCGAGAUCCAAGGAAAGGAGUACGCGUUUGGCUAGGCACCUUCAACACCGCCGAAGAAGCUGCUCGAGCCUACGAUAGGGAGGCCCGCAAAAUUCGCGGCAAGAAAGCCAAGGUCAAUUUCCCCAAUGAAGAUGACUAUCUCACUUCCCAAAAUCACCUUAAUCCGCCUCCUCAUCGGAAUCCCAACCCCUCUCUGUAUCAAUCCCUCACUUGUAAUUUCAGCAAUCCCCCCAAAAAUUAUGAAUUUGGGUUCGGUCGUGAUUUAAACCAUAUUGGAUCCUGCGCUUCAAAUGGAAUAAAUACUGAACCUCUUUUCGUUUCUGGCGAGGAGAAUUCUGGAUCUGGUCCAGGGGAGGAAGCCUACCCAAUAAUUGGGCUAAUGAGCUGCAACCAGAAAGUAAGCAACAAUAAUUACAUAAGUGAAGUGAAAGUGAAACAGGAAGAGGAGAAAAUGGAGGUAGAGAAGGUGAACAAUGGGAAGGUGGUGAUAGUGGACGAGAAAUCUCAGCAGCAGGAGAGCGAAUUGCAGAAGCUCUCGGAGGAGCUAAUGGCUUAUGAGAAUUACAUGAAAUUCUAUCAGAUUCCUUAUCUGGAUGGACAAUCAGCGGCACCGAAUACCAGUCAGGAAAGCGUGGUUGGGAAUCUCUGGAACUUCGAUGACGAUGGUGUUGCUGCUCCGGUUACCUCUGCGGCUCUGUAGCGGUGGAGGCGACGGCAAUUGUUUUUGUUAUUUGGUUAAUUUCUAGAUUAGGGAGGGGUGGGGCUUGUAAAUUACGGGGAAAUCAUGAUUUUUGCUUUUAGUUGUUCACAUAUUUGAUGCGCUGGAUUGUGUUUUGUAUGCUUAUGCCUAAAUUUCAUUUUUUGUUGGAAAUGUAAAUUUUUAUGUUUAAAUAUUAAAGGAACUGUACUGAGUUUUCUUUAUCA